AUGACAAGAGCUUUGACUUCAAACCUGGCUUCAUGGCCUCAUUUUUGGAUUUUCUGAAGACAGGAAAAAAAGAAUUUGACUUGGAACAAAGACAGGAUGGAGGUGAGAAGGAGGUCCUGGACACCUGCUCCUCUCUCAAAGGAGGAAUCCAGCCCCUGUCACCACCUCCUCCUUCCUUACCACCAUCUCCUCCUCAGCAGCCCCCAAAAGAUUUCAGUGACAAGGGAAGUGACGAAGGGGCCGACCUGGCCCUCAGCGGCUGCCCGAGUCCCUGCAAACCUCUGGAUGAGGAGCUGAAAAGGAAUCUGGAGACGCUGCCGUCCUUCUCGUCUGAUGAGGAGGACUCAGUCAGUAAGAACCAGGACCUGCAAAAGAGCAUCUCCUCUGCCAUCUCAGCCCUGUACGACACCCCACACUCUCUGGCCGCUGCCAUGGCCUCCGCCAUGAUCAAGGCCCAGCCCACCGUGCCCCUACCGACGGCCGAGGAGCCCCCCCUCAGCCCCCCUCUCCCUGCCAUCCCUCCUCUCAUUCCCACUGUGGAGAACACUAAAGAGGAGGCACUUAUCUUCUCUCAGCAGCCCCCGGAGGAGGAGGAGGAAGAGGAGGAGCAACGGCUGAUCUCCCCACAGCCAAAUACAGAAAAACCCGAGGACAGAGGGUCCGAGCAGGAGGUGGAGGAGCAAGAGGAGGAGGACAGAGUAGAGGAGAAUGGGAAUAAUGAAGAGCCUCAGAAGCAACAAAAAAAGGACACAGAAGAUGAAAAAGAAGAGGAACGAUCACCUGAAAAGCAGAUUUUAGAAGUUCCCAAAGCUGAAGAUUCUCCAUCUGAACCAGUUCCCGCUCCUGCACCGUCAUACCUCUCCCCCUCAGUGUCCCCAUCCUCGCCCUCCCCACUUCCUGCCCCCAGUCUCUCUUUGCCCUCCCCUCCUCCGGUCCAACAGGAUGAGGACAAAGCGAGUCCAGCGUACCUGUCCUGUGAGCCUCGGCCUCAGCAGUCCUCGUACAGACACACUCCAACAGCUGGCACCUCCCCUCCUCCGUCCACCUCUCCGCCAGCCACCCUGUCCUCCCCCCUGUCUAACCUUCCCCUGAGCCACUCUGUCCCUCCUCCGUCCACCACGCCUCCCCCAUCCUCCUCUGAUCAGGACCAGGAACCUGACGUUGGGCAGCCUUCUCCGUCCUCAUCAGCUUCUUUGUCACCCUCCUCAUCCUCCUCUCAGCCCCCGUCUCCUCAGACUCCAGAGGAGGCCCCAGCAUCUCAGCGCCUGACUUCCCUCCACCUGGCCAAGAAGCAGGCAGACGCUGCCAUCGCAGGGGAGAGUGAGGAGGAGGACAGUGAGAGCGGGGGGGAAGGAAUCUUCCGUGAACGGGAUGAAUUUGUGGUCCGAACAGAGGACAUCAGGACUCUUAAGAUGGCUCUUCAGACCGGCCGGGAGCCCCCUCCCAUCUGGAGGGUGCAGAAAGCUUUGCUGCAGAAAUUCAGCCCAGAGAUCAAAGACGGUCAGAGACAGUUCUGUGCAACCAGUAACUAUCUGGGUUACUUUGGUGAUGCCAAAAUGCGGUACCAGCGAUUAUAUGUAAAGUUCUUGGAAAACAUUAAUAAAAAAGAUUAUGUCAGAGUUUGUUCCCGGAAGCCGUGGCACAGAGCUGGACUGACUCUGAGACGUCAGUCUCUGGUCAAACAGCUGCCCAGCAUCCACUGUCAGACCCAACCCUGGAUGGAGAGAGAAGACAGAGACAAGGAACGACAGAAAGAAAGAGAGAUGAAGGAGCAGAGAACAAAAGUCAAAGAACAACGCGAGAGGGAGCACAGGGAGAAACUAGAGAAGGAACAAAAAGAACGAGAAAAGAAGGAGGAGAGAGAACAAAAAGAAAAACAGAAGAGGGAGCAGAAAGAGAAAGAACAGGAAGAGAAAGAGCAAAAAGAAAGAGAGUGCAGAGAGAAAGAAAUGGAAAGGGAGAAGGAGCAGAAAGAGCAAGAGAGAAGAGAAAAAGAACAAAAAGAAAUGGAGCGAAAGGAAAGAGAGAAAAGAGAAAAAGAGCUAAAGGAAAAGGAGCGAAAUGAGAGGGAGAGAAAAGAAAAGGAGCAAAAAGAAAAGGAGCAGAAAGAAAGAGAAAGAAGGAACAGAGAACAGAGAGAGAAGGAAAAACAGGAACAAGAAAAGCAAGAGAAAGAACAGCAGGAGAGGGAGAGAGACCAGAAAGAGAAGGAGAAAAGAGAAAGAGAGCAGAGCGAGAAAGAGAAACAAGAGAGGGAGAGAAGAGAAAGAAGGAAAAAGGAAAAACAGGAGAGAGACCAGAGGGAGCAGAAAGAAAAGGAGCGAAGAGAUCAGGAGAAGGAAAAGAAGGAGAGAGCAGAGCGAGAGAGAAGAGAUGGAACCGUAGAGUUCAUGAGACUCAAAGAGGAGAAAAGAGGAGCGGAGAAGAAGAUGGAGGGUCAGUCCAGAACCAGGACCUCCAAAGACCGAGCCGAGGCUCCUCCAAAGAAGAGGAGGAGGUGGCUGAACGAGGUGCCCUCCUCGUCCUCAGAGUCGGACUCCUCCCUGCCCAGUGACGAUGAAGGACCCGUGUGGGGGGGCGUGAACAGCCGGGCCAUGUGGGAGAUGUUCAGGAGCUACAUGGAGAUGCUGGUGAGCACGGCACUGGACCCGGAUAUGAUCCAAGCUCUGGAGGACACUGAUGAUGAGCUCUACCUUCCACCUAUGAGAAAAAUUGACAGUUUCCUGAGUGAGCAGAAGAAGAGGCUGUUGAGGAGGAUCAGCAUGAGUACUCAGCAUCAGGAGGCUUUACACCUGUUCCCCAAAAUGACAGCAGACCCUCUGGAGUCCGGAGUGGUCAGGGUUCAUCUUGGUGGGGAGGGUUACAACCGUAAGACCCUCAACCGAGUCAAGAGGAGUGUUCCUAAGCAGCAGGAUAUGAAGAUUUCUAUAGAAACGUGUCGAAUCUACAGUCUGUAUCAUUCUCUGCAUCACUACAAGUAUCACACUUUCCUGCACUGCAAGAAGGAGACAGACAACAUCAAGCAGGCAGCUGAAGACCCCGGUCAGGAGGAGGUGGUCCAGCAGUGCAUGGCCAACCAGGGCUGGCUGGAAAGUCUUUUUAACUCCUUCAUGGAACUGCUCAGCUUCAGUGCCAAGGCCUGACGGAGGCCUGUGAACUCCUCCACCCUCAGUAUUAAACAGCAGGUGUUAGCCUAAACCAACCUGUGUGUCUGCAAUAUGUGCAAUGACUCCACUGAGAACAACACCUUCCAGGUGUUAGUGGCAGAUUUAAAGUAUUUCUUUUCUUGAGUCCAUCUUAAAGAAGUGUAGUAAAGGUGAAGAACUGUGAAUGUGAUAGGUUUGUUCCCCUCAGAACUCAGAGAGAUUUGUCAAACCUUCAGACUCAAGCUGUCUAUAAGGAUGUAUUAAUGACUAUUGUUUGUAUCAUUUCUACAAGGAAAWUUUUAAAAAUGACCACCCUAUGAUGGGACUGUUUGUUAUUUUUUGAAGUGUAUUUUAAAGGAGUGUACAUAAAAUAGUCCACCUGCAUUUGUUGCUUCUGUUCAACCAACAGAAGGAAAGCUGGAUGGGAGAUGUAUAAAAAUAAGGGAUGUGAUAGUUUCUACUUGUCUCAGCCAGAACAAAGCAAAGUGGAGGGAAAUGUAUUUAAAACUAAAACUUCUUUUUGUAUGUUCAAAAGAUGAGAAGUAAGAGGCUUUAAUGCCCUGAACAACAAUGAAUAAUAAAAGAAGACUUUCUUAAAGGACGUAUGAGAUGAAAAGAUCCAAAAGUUUAAAUGUUCAUGUUUAAUGUUUGUCAUUUUUAUCUGUUUGUUCUUGAUAUUUCUGAUGGUUUGAGCUCUGAGGAGAAAUUUUGUUGAUUCGAGUGUAAAUAUUGUACAUCUGCUCCAUUCUCUAGUUCACAGUUGCUCUUCUGUACAUUAAAUUCUGUAUUUGACAACAAAAGAAAUAAAAAAACAAUUAAAUGACAAACGUGAUGAAGAAAACAAAAA